GAUAAAUCUCGAUUAUCUCAAAUCAGGAUGGUCUUCGAUCACUUUCCAGCCUGAUCAGCAAGAUAGGAGAGUUAAUUAGUGCAGCAGGCAAAGCUUCAUCCCUGGCUCAAGGACAGCCCGGAAUUAAGGAUGCCAUAAGUCGGGAUGCCAUAAAUCGGGAUGUCAUAAAUCAGGAUGUCAUCAAUUGGGAUGUGAUAAAUCAGGAUGUCAUCAAUUGGGAUGUGAUAAAUCAGCUUUCAAUGGAGACUUUGCUGACUCGGCAAAAUCCUCACGGCCCUUGUGUCCUGUGCAAGCCCAGACCGGUUUGGGAUGGGCGGGACCGUCGAUCUCAUCUCGUUCCAGCCCCUCGGGAUCCAGAUGUGCGGGGGGAAGGGAGGCAUCCAGAUGUUGCCCCUCAUCCGCACUACAACUCCCACAACACCCUGCGCUCCCGCCCGCCGCCCCGCCCGCACCUGGCGCAUGCGCACAGCUCCAUAUGGCUCCAAGAUGGCUGACACAGCGUCCGGGGGCUCCGGCACGCGGGCAGGCACCAAGCAGGCGGGCACCCCGGCGGACAAUUACCAGCUGGCGCGGCGCCGCACGCUGCAGGUGGUGGUGAGCUCGCUGCUGACCGAGGCCGGCUUCGAGAGCGCCGAGAAGGCGGCGGUGGAGACGCUCACCGAGAUGAUCCAGAGCUACAUUUCCGAAAUCGGCCGGAGCGCCAAAUCCUACUGCGAGCACACGGCCAGGACCCAGCCCACGCUCUCCGACAUCGUGGUGACCCUCGUGGAGAUGGGCUUCAACGUGGAAACCCUUCCCGCCUACGCCAAGCGCUCCCAGAGGAUGGUGAUCACUGCCCCUCCAGUGACAAACCAGCCUGUGACCCCCAAAGCCCUGACAGCUGGGCAGAACAAGCCUCACCCCCCGCACAUUCCUGGCCAUUUCCCAGAGUUCCCAGAUCCCCACACCUACAUCAAGACUCCGACCUACCGGGAGCCGGUGUCCGACUACCAGGUGCUGCGGGAGAAGGCGGCGUCGCAGCGCAGGGACGUGGAGAGGGCCCUCACCCGCUUCAUGGCCAAGACUGGAGAGACCCAGAGCCUCUUCAAGGACGAUGUCAGCACAUUCCCACUGAUUGCUGCCAGGCCUUUCACUGUGCCCUACCUGACAGCCCUGCUCCCCUCUGAGCUGGAGAUGCAGCAGAUGGAGGAGACGGAUUCCUCGGAGCAGGACGAGCAGACGGACACCGAGAACCUCCCGCUGCACAUGAGCACGGAUGACGCAGGACCCGAGAAGGAGAACAGCUCAGUGCUGCAGCAGAGCAGCUCCCUGGCAGGCAGCAGGAACGGGGAGGAGAACGUCAUCGACAACCCCUACCUGAGGCCCGUGAAGAAACCCAAAAUCCGCAGGAAGAAGUGAGGGGGGACCCGAAAUUCCCCCGGGAGCUUCACCCAGGGGUCAGGAGAGGCAGCCCAGCUGAGGAGGGAUCUCCCUCCCAUCCUGCUUUCCCUCUGCUCUCCGCCGUGCUCCGGGAAAACCACCGGGGAGAUCUCUGGGGUUUGGCUUCCACUCUGGGGGGAUUCAGUUUCUGGAGAGCUGAGAGACAGAGCUUGGAGGGGCUGGAGCUGGAGAACCCAGGGCUGGAGCUGGAGAACCCAGGGCUGGAGCUGGAGCUGGAGAACCCAGGGUUGGA